GCUACGCGCAGAGCUCGUGCAGUGACGCGCGUUGACUCCGCCCCUCCGCAGCGCGAAACUUUCUUCAGUCUUCCUUCAGUCUGCCUUCAGUCGCACUCACUCUCGCUGCAGCUGCAGACGACCAGCUCCGCGAUGCUCGCGUUCAUGUGGAUUACAGGGCUGCUGUGGAGCGCCGCGGGCGCUGACGCGAGGAAACCCGGAGACGAGUUCUUCAGCGCGAGCGUUUACCGCGCGAGGUGCGCGUCGCGUUGCCUCAGCCUGCACAUCACGCGCAUUUCUGCCGCUUUCAAACAUCUCCAGAGCAAUGGAUCAUUGGUUUGGUGUCAGAAUCACAAGCAGUGCUCAAAGUGUCUGGAGCCAUGCAGGGCAUCAUGGGACCUGAAGGAGAACCAGUGUCAGGACUUGUGUGAGACUCAGUUCCCGAAGAAGCACUACGAGUGUCUGACGAGCUGCGAGUUCCUGCGCUCCGCUCAGACGCUGAAGCCGGGCGACUGUCCCGCGCCGGAGCGAGCGAGUGGAUUCGCCGCCGCGUGCGUGGAGAGCUGCGAGACAGACGCCGAGUGCACAGCGCUGAAGAAGUGCUGCCCCAACGGCUGCGGACACACCUGCCAGAUCCCCAAGAACCCCUAUAAAGGAUCUCCUCUGAAGCCGCGGAAGGAGCUGCUGUUUGUGGAGCAGGCGUCAGGACUUCUGGAGGUUCGCUGGUCGUCCCGCUUUAACGUCUCUGUGGAGCCGGUGCUUUAUGUCCUGCAGCGCCGCUGGAACUCGGGCAUCCAUCCCAGCGAAGACGACGCUACGCCGUGGCAGGACAUUGCACAGGUUGCUGUAGAGCGUGCGCUGCUGAGCGAUGUGCGGCCGAGCCGGUGGUAUCAGUUCCGCGUGGCGGCGGUGAACGUUCACGGCACGCGUGGCUUCACGGCCCCCAGCAAACACUUCCGCUCGUCCAGAGACCCGUCUCCUCCUCCAGCCCCGUCUGGACUGAGAGUGUCUAACAUCACAGCGGGACUCGACGGUCUGCUGACGGUCCGGAUCAACUGGACUCUCCCCGCAGAGCCUGACCUCCCCGUCCAUCACUACAAGAUCUACUGGAGCUGGACGGUCCCGGGGAAAUCACUCGUCCCGUCCCGGAGGAAGAGGAGGAAGACCAGCGACGGGGCCAGAAGCUCCGUGGAUCUGGAGGGUCUUCAGGCCAACAGCAGCUACAGUGUGGAGGUCCAGGCCGUCUCAUACUGGGGUCAGAUUCGGCUGAAGAGCAGCAAAGCCUCCGUCCAGUUCAACACACAACUCCACAACCAGACAAGUAGGAGCCUCUUAAAGAAGAAGAGACUGGAGGCUCCUGAUCUGGGUUUGGUGUCGAUGAAGCGAGCCGCCGGCGCUCUGGAGGUCGGCACACCGUAUUACCAGGACGGACAACUACAGGUCCGCAUCUACUGGAAGAAGAGAGGAGACGCUGCUGUGAACCGUUAUCACGUUCAGUGGAUGCCUGAAUACUGCAGUCACAACCGAAGCGGAGCGCUGCAGAAAUCACUGACUCAGGAGAACUUCAUCAAUCUCCCCGGUCUGCUGUUCUCCUGUAAGUACAGGGUCACUGUUCACUCGCUCAGCGCUAAACGACGCUCCAAAGAUGAGAGCAUCAGCUUCCUGACGCCGUCCUGCGCGACUCUCCAGAGCAAGAGCGUCAAGCCCAUCGCUUGUCCCGGAGACACACCGCGGGCAAAGGUUUUGGCGAAGCCUGAGAAUCUGACGGCGUCCUUCAGCUUCCGCGAGGGUAACGUGACGGCUAGUUUCCUCUGGAAGGUGUCGCGUUCGCAGCCGCUUCAGCCCGUCACGGGCUUCCAGGUCACAUGGGCGGAGGUUUCCAGUGCGAGCCGCCCGAACAGCCUUCCCAACAGCAUCAUUUCCCAGUCUCAGAUCCUGCCACCUGAUCGUAAUCUUCUGGUCGUGUCCAACCUUCGGCCGGCCACUUUCUACAGGUUAGAGGUUCAGGUGAUCACCGCGGCAGGAGAAGGACCUGCGACAAAGAAGAUCUUUCAGACACCCGACCGGCCGCCGCUUCAGCAAAAAGCUCGAUUUCAUCAUCAUCAGAAGUCUUCAGCUGAGAAACACUGAAAUGAAAAGAAGACGCAACACAACGUGCAGCUAAUCGCAGCUUUCGACAGACGCGGAACCACAGAUAUUCAGCGUCCGCUCUGAACGCCUCACCCUCGUGCUCUCGCUCAAGCUCUGCGGUUUUCAUUGCAACAACUUUGAUUAUGAAAUAACUGAAGCAACAGCAAUGUUUAAUGCGUGAAUUUAAACCAUUUCAAAAAGUUAAUGUCAAUGGGCGAGGUAAGUCUUGGCAAUUUGGUCAUACUAUAUGAAAUCGAGUUAUAUUUUAAUGGAAGAAUGUGUGAUGCAGCUGUGGAGAAACUGCAGUUUAUCAGUUUGAUAUCAAAGAACAUUCAGCAUUAACAGAGCAAAGGCUGAUGUCAAACCUUCACUUAUUCAGUCAUUAUUUGCUCGCUUUCAUGUCAUUGCAAAAUCAUAUGCUGUUCAUUUCUGAAGAAUCUUAAUGCAGCUCUUUUCCAUUCAGUAUUUCCCGAAAGCAUCAUAAGCCUAAUUAGAUUGCUGAGAUCGUUGGUGCCAAUGUUUUUUGACGAUCUACUAAGGCUUAUGACGCUUUUGGGAAAUGCUUACCUUAUAACUCAAAACAACAUGAGUGUAAUUUAAAUCAUUUCAUUUUUGGUUGAACUGUUCCUUUGAUUGGGCAUAAACGAUCCAUCCAAUUGUUGCCUCUUAUUAAUAUGUUAGCAAUAUUUCAUUAAAGAUUAACAGAGAGUGUUUUGUUUAUUAAUGAUUACAUACGCGUGUUCUCUGAUGAAAUGAUGUAAACUGUUUAUGUUCUUGGCUGUAGAGAUAUUUGUUGUGGCAGUCAGUGAAUGUUGAUGUUGAUAUUUAUUUAUGUGUGUAUUGCAACUCUUUAUUUGUAUGUGAGUGUGUGUAUUUUUUCCAUGUAUUAGCAAGGCAUUGUUUUUUUUAAAGGCAACUUCUUGUAAAGACAUAAUGUAAAAAAAAAAUGAAUUGUACAUAUAGUCAUAUGUUCCGUUAUUUCCCUGGAUAGAACCUGUACAUACUUUUAAAUAAUAAAAUAAUCCCUC